AUGCACACGCCACAGCAUGUCGGGUGGAAGGUCGACAAGGCUAUCAACGACCUCAAUGCUCAAUGGGACCUGGGUCUUCCCAGACUCCAUGGGCGGGAGGCCGACACAGCUGAAGCAAAGGGUCCCCUUGCGACCAAAUGUUCCAGCAUAAUUCGUUUCCUGUGUUUUCGCACUGACAAAAUCGAUCACAUCCUCGCCGGCUUUGAAGAACAUGCGCGGAAGAAAUACUCGCGAUGGAGGUGGAAACCUUCGCAAGAGCGAGGCACACUGCCGACGCUACCUGUCACCAAGAGCCUACUUGCAAGCGACGUUCAAACGAAACGGGAGGCUGGCUUGAUCAGACUCUCGGAUCCACAGCGGCAGGAACUUCUUCAAUUGCUGUAUGAUGUCUUGGACGAGCCUUUCCAGCUUGCUAAAAUGUCCGAGUCUUUCUCAUACGAACGGCCACCUAGCUUUCUGACUGCACCCUCCACACCACGUAAAGAGAGCUCGACUCGAGAGGUCGCCACACCCUCACGCCAAAUCCUCCAAAGCAUGGAUAGUCUGACCUCGCAUGCCGAUGAGCCUCAGGUGAAGGAUCCGACGAGGAAAUCCAGCAAACGCUCGUUAGGUUCCCCAGAAGGAAAGAACAAACGCCAGAUGACACUGUCCGAAUUCCCGUUCCAGCGCAACCGCGACGCAUCUCCACUCUGGCUACGCCCGUUACUACAGCCAGACCCCAUAAGUUUCGAAACCGUACCUUCGGCAAGAGUGUCGUCGGUGUUCACUACUACAGACGAAGGCCACGACCCCUGCACCUCUAACGAAACUUCGAUGAUGAGCUCCGUGUCAGAUUGCUCUCAAAAUCUUUUUCCGACCCAGGACUACCAUGACCUCAUGGAUGAUGAAGAAUUCAACACCUCCUUCAACGAAGCCUGUGAGGUGCCGAAACCUGUCGAUCCUCUUGACCUCGCUCAAUACACCCCCUUUAAAAGAAGUGCCUUGCUUCCGUCUGACGUGCCGUUCUGGUAUUGCUGGGAGAUUCACCGCGUUGCUUCUGUAGUGGGGCUUGUACCUAUUGACGUAUACAAAGCUGUCCGAAAGAGUGUCAGGCAGACCAACCCCCCUUACGAAGAAGUAUGGAAAGCUUUAAGACAACUGUGUCAUGAGAAAGCUGGGAAGACGGUUCCCAAGUCAGAGCUAGCCAAUUGGACUACUGCUGAAAACCAAUACGAGAAUCCGCAGCACCAGCUCCAGAAAGGCGUCUACCUGACCGGAAACUUAGAUUGGAAUGAUGACGGAUCUCAGGGACUGUUCAGUUUUCGCCUCAACGAGAUUCACCAGGAACAAUCAUGCCGCUUACACCGAAAGUUUGGCGCCGACAGAUUUCUAGUCAUCUCCGCCCCCGAUUUCUCAAGAUUUCCAAAGCAAAUUCGCCAGGCCGAUGAGGAGAUGGUACACGAGGGACUUACGGAAUUCCUGGCAACGGGUUCCCAUUUUAUUGCGGGUAGAUACUGGAGAGUUUUUUGGAUCGAACCAGAAAAGAAUAAAAAGAAAAAGAAGGGCAGAGAACAACUUCCCCGGCUAAAAAUCCACCUGUUCGCGGAACAGGGUUAUGACAUUGUCUCGCGGAAUUCAGAGCAUCUCAAUAUUGCCAACUUGAAGGAUGAUGGUCGUCACCGGGAGCUCACGAUUGAGGACCUAACAGAGUGGCACAUGCCGAUUCGAGCCAACAUCAGAUCGACCAACCUGAAGCUGUUCUCAAGGUGGGCUAUUGUGCUCUCAAAGACCGUUCCUACUACUGUACUGAAACAGAAGGAGUUCCUGUACCUACAUGACCCUCCCGGGGCGGUGGUCAUGAAUGAUGGAUGCGCUAGAAUGUCUUAUGCCCUCGCAAAAGAUAUCUGGGCCAAAUAUGGCGGCGCGGGCGAUGUACCAAGCGCUGUACAGGGGCGCAUCGGCGGUGCAAAAGGUCUUUGGCUGGUAGACUACAGCGAUGCCUUUCGUGGCGUGAGCGACAGACAGUACUGGAUCCAAGUUUCUGACUCUCAGCUAAAGGUCAAACCGCACCCUCGAGAUCGAUCGGAUGCUGAUGAAAGUCAACGGACCUUUGAGGUGUUGAAAUUUGCUGGAGACUCCAAGCCAGCACACCUGAACAUGCAGCUUAUUACUAUCCUGGAGGAUCGCGGAGUGUCUCGACAUACUCUUCAAGCACAGUUGGAAGCAGAUACGAGGUCCUACUUCGAGUCUCUGAAGGCUGCAAUGGCCGACCCAAAGGCACUCCGGCUAUGGAUGCAGGAGUAUGGUCUAGCUUCUCGCCCGGAAGUGAGAAAAGUGGUGGGCUCGUUCCCAAUUGACCAUAGGGAACAGAUGAAGCGUCUGUUGGAGGCUGGAUUUCACCCGCAAGAAUGCGUGCGGCUCAAAGAGCUCGCUGCAGGCUUCCUGCGCGAUUACAUGACGAACUAUGUUGAAAAGCUCUGGAUCAAUGUGCCAUGCUCGACCGUCGUCUUCUGUGCGCCAGAUCCCUUGGGUGUGCUAGAAGAGGAUGAAGUAUGUCUGAACUUCUCAUCACCCGUGACAGAUCCCCGUCGAGAUUAUCCUGAAACAACUUUGGAUGGUCUCGAAGUUCUGGUGGCUCGAAACCCUGCAUACCUCGCCUCUGACAUGCAAUUGCGCAAGGCGGUUUACCACCACGAACUUCGCCAUUAUAAAAAUAUCAUCUUAUUCCCAGUCAAGGGCAAGCAACCCCUGGCGUCACUUUUGUCAGGUGGUGACUACGACGGAGACACGGUGACGGUGAUUUGGGAUCCUGCGAUCGUCAAAGACUUUCAGAAUACCAUGCCCCCGGAUCUGCCCAAGGAAGAGCAGUGCGGCAUGGUGCAGGAGUCACAGCCCUUGUCAUCUAUUUUUGAUGGCAUUCGACGUCCGGAAGAAGCCAUGCGGGAGUCUUUGCGCGGCUGCAUUUCCUUCAAUGCCCGUCCGAGCCUGAUGGGAGUGUGUUCAUCUGAGCAUGAGAAGCUCAUCUAUUCUCUCAGUCUCAAGCGCGUGGGGGGCAAAUUGUCCAAUCCUGGUGCCCUCAAACUCGCCGCGCUUGCAGGAUAUCUGGUGGACUCGAACAAACAAGGCUGGAGUCUCAAGCGGCAAGCAUUCUACUUGCUACGGCGGGAUGCCAGCGGCCUUCAUCGGCUUCCCGAUCCAGCAUUCAAGGGCGACAAAGCACCAUCCAGAGCAUCUGGCACGUAUCUCAACAUCAUCGAUUUUCUGAAGUUUGAAGUUGCUGAGGGCUGUAAGACGCUGGCACUCCGAGAGUUCAAGGAGCUGUGUCCUGCCACUCGGCCUUACGAUGGGGUUUUGAGUGAGACUUGGAGAAAGGCAGAGACCAAAGCGGACCAAGAGAAGACCCCUCCAGCGGUGUUACCGGUCAAGAGCGGCAGAAUCUCGAGGAACAUGCUUACAGGACCACAAGCGCCCGUAGGUGGUUUGAAAGAAAUCCUGCUCGGUCCCGACGGCCUCUUGAAGCAGAUCGAUGAACUCCGAAAGAUGGCGGCUAAAUUGGCUGCCAUCCGUAAAUCUAUUUCGUCGACGCCGGCAAAUCCUAGCGAUCGCAAGAAGUUUCACGUCGAAGUGCAGGCCCUCUUCGAGCGGUACCAACAAAUCGAACCCAAGCAGGUUGACCACGAACUGCGACGUCGGUUUGAGAAUGAGCGGGAUCAUCCAUUCCCAUACUGGUCUUUGCUCCGGGCAUCAUGUCUUCACCGUCGGGCGUGUGGAAAUGGUGGGUUCCCUGUCUGGGUCUGGUAUGUUGCAGGAAGAGAACUGUGCAUUCUGAAGACGUUGCAUCACCCAGGCGAAGUCCGGCUGGUGACGGCAGAGAUGCACAACAUCCUGAAGGUUGACUCCAAGUUCACCAAAGGUCUCUUGGAAGGAAGUGUUAGCGAAACAGGCGAGGUCUUUUACGAUGCAGUUGACGAGCCAAAUGUGGGCGACGACGACGAUGAUGACGAUGAUGAUGAUGUCGAUGAUUACGCCUUCGAGGCAUGA